CGCGGGAGGCGCGUCGGCAGCGGCGCCAGUGAGCGCCCGGGGUGAAAGAUGGCGGAAGGCGGCGGCGCCGCCGAUCCGGGCGAGCAGGACAGGAGGUCUUCGGGGCCGAGGCCCCCGAGCGCGCGGGACUUGCAGUUGGCCUUGGCAGAAUUAUACGAAGAUGAAGUGAAAUGCAAAUCUUCUAAACCUGAUAGACCUGACGUCACAGUCUUUAAAAGCCCGCGAACACCACCUCAAAGGUUCUGCUCAAGGGAACGUGAAUACAGUGGAUUACAUAUAGUUCGACCUUCAACUGGGAAAAUUGUGAAUGAACUUUUCAAAGAGGCAAGGGAACAUGGGGCUGUCCCUCUGAAUGAAGCCACAAGAGCUUCAGGUGAUGACAAAUCUAAGUCAUUUACAGGUGGAGGAUACAGAUUGGGUAAUUCCUUUUGUAAGCGAUCUGAAUACAUUUAUGGAGAAAAUCAGCUGCAAGAUGUUCAGAUUUUGCUUAAAUUGUGGAGCAAUGGUUUCAGCUUAGAUGAUGGAGAAUUGAGACCUUACAGUGACCCAACAAAUGCUCAAUUUCUGGAGUCUGUUAAGAGAGGGGAGAUUCCCCUGGAGCUUCAGCGACUAGUUCAUGGUGGCCAAGUGAAUUUGGAUAUGGAGGAUCAUCAGGAUCAAGAAUACAUAAAACCCAGAUUGAGGUUCAAGGCUUUUAGUGGAGAAGGACAAAAACUUGGAAGCCUUACACCUGAAAUUGUCAGUACACCUUCCUCCCCAGAAGAAGAGGAUAAGUCAAUAUUUAAUGCAGUUGUUCUUAUUGAUGAUUCAGUGCCAACAACAAAAAUUCAAAUCAGGCUGGCAGAUGGGAGUCGUUUGAUACAAAGAUUCAAUAGUACACACAGGAUCCUGGAUGUUCGGGACUUUAUUGUGCAGUCCCGCCCUGAAUUUGCAGCUCUUGACUUCAUUCUUGUGACAUCAUUUCCAAACAAAGAGCUAACAGAUGAAAGCCUGACACUACAAGAAGCAGAUAUUCUUAACACCGUGCUACUCCAGCAGCUAAAAUAAUAUUGCUCCUAUUCAUGCAGUAGCAUGUAGGAAAGAAAAGGUGCCAUAUGAAUAAGGAAAACACUUAAAACAGCAUAAAAAAUUAUUUUUAUUAUUUAUAUGGAUACAUUUUAGUGUGUCCGCCAGCCUUCUUUUAGAUGAUUUUGGACUAGGAAUAGAUCUUGAGAUAAAUAACGGUUGAGUUUUUAGUUGUAGGGCUGGCUUUUGUCAAUAGCUUUUAAAUGUCCAAGCAAAUCCAUUUGUUACAUGCUCAGUGUUCAUGUAACAACAUUGUUGACAGAGAAAAUGAACAAACCUCAUUUUGAUAAAAGCAUUUGGUAAAAUUUGCACUAAAGUUUCUUGAUGCUGCAUUGAUCAAGAGCCGUUAAGAAACUUUCCGAUCAAAUAUUUUGAAAAUUUUUCUGUGAUACGUACUGAAAAGUAUCUGUAUUCCGAUUUUAUUAAGCAUCCUUUUUACUUACUGAUUUAGCUGUUUUACUGUAUCAAAAAAUAGUUCAAGCCUUGUAUUUUAUAGAACUGUGACCAUCAUAAACUAGAAACAGAGACAUCAGGGUCAACAGUUCUUGAGAAGAUGUGGUAAACAGCACUUUAAAAUAGAAGAAUUACAAUCUCUCCUAGAGCCUGCCUUGAUCACAUUCAUUUAUUCAUUCAACACAUUUUUCUAGGGGGCCUGCUAUAUAGACUAAAUUCCGUUCUAAGUAUUCAACCCAGAAGGUAUUCUACUCCAGGACAAAAUGAGUGUAGAAAUAUAAGAAUGUAAAUUCUGUCAGGCAGACUGGAUCUAAAGAAUGACCAGCGUAAAUAUUUGCAUUUCUGCUGAAGCCAGGUAUGUCCUGAAUGAGGCAGGCUACAUCAGCAAUGAUAGAAAAGCUUUUCUUCUUUCCUCACACCACUUCAUCUUUGGUCACCACUCCUGGUUAGUUUUCUGUUGCUACUAUUACAAAUUACUGCAAACCCUGGCUUUAUAAUAGUACAGAUUUAUUAUCCUCUAUAGGUUAAAUAUUCAACAUGGGUCUCACUGGGCUUAACGUAAGGUGUUAACAGGGCUGCAUUUCUUUUGGGAGACUGCACGAGAAGCAUUUCCUUGCAUUCCAGGUUCUAGAGGCCGCCUGCAUUCCUUGGCUUGUGGCCCCAUUUCAGUCUUUAAAGCCAGCAACGUUAUAUCUCUGCCCCUCGUCACAUCUCUGUGACAACAGCCAGGAGAAUUUCUCUGCUUUCAAGGACUCAUGUGAUUAGAUUGUGUCCACCAGGUAAUCCAGGAUUAUCUCCUCAUCCUAAGGUCUACAGUAACCUUAACCACAUCUUUAAAGUCCCUUUGCCAUAAAGUGACAUGUCAUUGGUUCCUUCUGGAGGCCACAGGGUGAAUCUGUUCUUUGCCUCUUCGGCUUGUGCAGGCUGCUGGUAACCCUUCCCUUAGUCUGUCUCCCUCCAAUCCCUGCCUCUGCCCUUAAUCUUUUACUACCAACUUUGAUUUUCCUCCUUUUCUCUUACAAGAUCCCUUGUGGUUGAUUACAUUUAGUUUACCUAAAUAAUCCAGGAUAAUCUUUUUACCUCAGAAUGCUUAAUCACAUCUGCAAAAUUCAUAGGUUUGUGUAUUAGAUAUUGAGCAUUUUGAUGGACCAUUCUAUCUAUCAUAGUUUACUCCUGCCUCAAAAGCCCACAUCUGUCCCCAAUAAAAUCACCCCAUUCAAAGGGCCUCAGAAGUCUCAACCUUUUAUAGCAUCAACUUAAAAUGCAAAAUCUUAUCAUCUAAAUCAGGUAUGAUAGGCUAUGGUAUAAUGCUUGGGACAAAAUUCCUCUCCAUCUGUGCACCUGUGAAUCUAGAAAACCUAUUAUUUGCUCCCAAAUAUGAAAAUAAGACAGGCAUAGAAUAACAGUUAUAGACAUUCUUGUUAAAAAAAAAAAAAAAAACUAGAAAAUGAAAUGAAAAAAUGAAUCUCAAGUGCCAACAAUUUAGAUCAGCCAGGCUCACUCCGGUAGGUUUCAGAGUCUGGGAGUAGCCUGGUUCACAGCACUGUCCUCUGUGCUUGUGACGCUCUCCUAGUCCUUCCUGACUUUCAUGGAAGGUAGCACCCGUCUGUAGCUGAAUGGUUUUGCCAGCGUGUUUCUUGCCUGUGGAAUUGUGGGAGACCCAAUGAUCUUUCAUGUCAUUCUUUCUCUCUUAGUUUAAGAUGGCAAUGUCUUCUGGUAUAACAUUUUCAAAAACCUUGUGGAUCUUCUUUGUAUGUUAGAGGAAUUCACUCCACAGAGGCUCCUCCACAGUUUUCCCUUGGAUAGUCCCAUCUAUUUUUUGGCUUUUUCUGAGGUGGCUGAGAGGAUCUAUAAGUCACACCCUUAAUCUGUCCCAUUUGUGUGACUAAACACUCAGGCCUUUUUGAUCUUUCUCAGGUAUUAGCAAGGGGUUGAACAGCACCCUCAGCUCUUUCCUUAGAGCAGGCUUUCCUAACAGGCAAUCUCCCUCAAUUUAUCUGCUCCCCCUACCCCUCCACGCCGCCAUUUCACUAAGAAGGAGCAGGCUGCGCCUUCCAACUUUGCUUAGAAAUCCGUAGCCCAAUAUCUUAAGUCUACCGCUGUGACUUCCGCUUCCUAAAUAACUUCAGGGCGCAAUUCGGCUAAGCUUUUGACCACUACACAGCUGUAACCCCUUUCCCUCCCAUUUCCUUCCGAGCCCUCGCAGCACUUUUGAUGUCCUUACUUCUGCUAAGUCUGCUUAGACAAUUUGGAGAUUCUCUAUGACAAUUGUUGUUUCUACCUUGCUCCUUUUCCAGCCCUCACCAGCAUUAACACCCAUACAUCUAAUAGUAUUCGAAGCAAUCUCGGCUUUUUCUGUCAUGCUCCUAAAAUCUUCCAGCCUCUACACACACCCCAGUUCCAAAAGCCACUAUAGGUAUUUUUUACUGCAGCCUAUUUCCAGGUAUCUAGAAAACUCUUCUGUGCCUACUCACUGCCAAUUGACUUGAAUGUGCCAAUAGAUUUGGAAUUACCUUCCUCUGGAGGCUCUGGUUGGAGGCAGUGGGCUACCUAUAGCAGGGGUUUUAACACUGGGAGCGCUACCAGAACUGCCACAGGAUCAAUCCCACUACCGCAAAGAAAACGUUUUAGUGUCGUAAUGUAGACUACGAAGAUUAUUCCUAAGUCUUCCCCUCAGAAUGGGAAACCCUGUUCUUUUCUACUGAUUGAAAACAACUUGGAGAAUAUAAAAAUAAUAGUUCAAAAAGUCAAUCUCAGUUCAAAAAGAGACCAGGGAUAUACCACAUUUUCAUUUUCACAGGAGCAAAAUCAUCUUCCUAAAGAAAUAAUCUACUGAAACAAAUGAAAUAAAAUAAAAGGGCAAUGCCCUGUUUUACUAAACCCUGUAAAAUUAUUUGGCCUUUUGUAGUUUCUUUUUAUCGAUUAGGUGGCGUGCCUGUAGAUGCACAUCCAAAACGAGAGCCAUUUUUGUGUAUAAGUCUGCCAAAAUACAGAAAUUUAAACAUCAGAAGGGAUGAACAAAACUGUCACACGAACUACAUUUUUCUUCACUUAGAGUCAUUUUUCUGACGUUACUACUGCAGUCACUGUAAUUUUUUUAAAUCUGUAAUCACCUCAAAAAAAAUUGUCACAGUGAGCAGUUAGACAACCAAGUGUGAGGUCAGUUGUUUUGCAUGAUGUAUGUAAUCAAGAAGUUUUAAGCGUCUGCUUCCCAGUAAAUGUUUUCACUGGCACUCAUUGAAAAUCCUUUUCAAAAUGUCCUUGAUUUACAGUUUUAUUUGAGUGGCUUAACAGAAUAUUUUAAGCAUGAGUAACAUUUCCUGUGAUUUAAUUUCCUGUGGUGUACCCUUUUUGGUGAGCAAAGAAACAACUGAGUUGUAGCAAUGUUAUCUCGAUUUCCUAAUACUGUUUUGUUUUUAUUCCACCAAAAUAAAGUUGCAGAUUUUUCUUAA